AUGUCGUCGGCUGCCCGUCCAAAACCCGCACGCCAAAGCUCCAGCCUACAUCGGAAUACGCUGUCGCUGCAAAGAACUGAGGUCACGAUCCACGUCUACGAUCUGCUGCCGCCUGGAAAAGUUGCGACUAUCCUCUGGGCAAUCGGCAGCUCUCUCCUGCACACCGGCGUGGUAAUCGGCGAUAGGGAAUACGCAUACGGAGGACACGACCGGCGAGACCUCACCGGGGUGUACUGGACCAAGCCCGGGCAGGAGCCUCCAGGCGGUACCUUCAAGCAAGCGAUUCUACACGGUUUCUCAUUCCGCCCUGCUGAAGAACUAGAGGCCAUUAUACAAGAGGCCUCGCAGGAAUUCCAAGGGACAUCGUACAAUCUCCUUACCAAGAACUGUAAUCACUUCACAUCAUACCUCUGCGAAAAGCUCACUGGGCGCUCAGCCCCAGGCUAUCUGAACCGCGCAGCUAGCAUCGGCGUCGCUCUCCCAUGCGUUGUACCACGGGAAUGGAUCGCACCACCGGAUUAUGAUACUGCGGAUGGAGAGUUGCUUGACGAAGAGUUCGAAGACGAAGGGUCGUCUAUGCUGCGACACGACCGAGAACUAGAGCGCGCUCGGAAAGCUAAAGAAUCACGGGGCUGGGAGAACACGAGCUAUUCUGCUGGAAGUAGUCGUGGUGGUCAGGGAGGCGCAAGAGGGCCUAUUAGGCAUGAAGCCCGAAAUCUUGCGCCCAGGCUUGUUAACAUCCCGGAAACGGAUUCUGGUGGUAGGACUAUGCCACCCGCUGAAAGGGCGCCACUGCCGCGAAAUUUGACAUGACUCUCAAG